CAUAAGCCUAAGCACUUGUUGGAACCACCUUCCCCGCCCAAGAUAAACACUUUCCCGGAAGGAAGCGUUAGAUUCACCCGCCUUCAGAAUCCACAACGCGACAGGGUCCACCUGUGAGACAAGAGCAGACACGAGGACCCGGUUCAGACCCUCAGCACAGGAACCUGACAGAAGCAACAGGAUGUCGACGAGUCUCCCCACCGACCGCGGCCAGGCUGUAGCCCUCAUCGUAUUCAUGCUCGGUCUGGGAACUCUGCUGCCCUGGAACUUCUUCCUGACGGCCUCAGAGUACUUCAACCAGCGCCUCGAACCAAACAUCACCGGUAACGGCUCGUCAGGCGUCACCGCUAAAGACUACAACUAUGACAGCUGGAUGGUCUUGCUUUCCCAGCUGCCCCUGCUGCUGUUCACGCUUCUCAACUCCUUCCUGCAUCAGUGGGUGAAACCUCGCCUCCGUGUCGCAUUCAGCUUCAUAGCCAUCUUCCUCCUCUUCUCCCUCACCGCCGCCCUGGUUCCAGUCCCCAUGCAGCCAGACACCUUCUUCUCUGUCACCAUGGCCACCAUUUGGUUCAUCAACAUGGCCAGUGCCGUGCUGCAGAGCUCUCUGUUUGGUGUGGUGGGUCAUUUCCCUCCUCGGUACAGCACUCUGUUUAUGAGCGGUCAGGGUCUGGCCGGACUUUUCGCUGCACUCGCCAUGCUCUUCUCCAUCUUGAGUAAACCAGAUGCAGGUUACGCAGACAGAGGCUCGGCAGCUUUGGGAUAUUUCAUCACUCCCUGUGUGGCGACUCUGGGUACUCUGCUGUGUUUCCUGCUGCUUCCACACCUGGAAUUCGCUCACUUUUACCUGAACAAACAUCAGUCUGAGUACGUGGAGACGAGCAAGGAACUGCAGAGCAUCACAGAUAAGAAAUUGUUAGAAAACGGCUCCAAACAGCAAGAGGCCAACAGGAAGCUCUUCAAAGAGCCAGAGGAGGAUCAGGAGCGCUCGUCCGUCCUGCAAGUCUUCAAAAAGAUCUGGCUGAUGGCUGUGUGUGUGACGUGUGUGUUUGCCGUCACACUCUCAGUGUUUCCUGUCAUCCCUCUCCGUGUAAAGUCCGUCUACCAAGACAGCCCUGUCUGGGACAAAGUGUUCACCUGCGUCUGCUGCUUCAUCGUUUUCAACGCCAUGGACCUGGUCGGCCGUGGCGCCCCGUCUCUCGUACAAUGGCCCUCGAAGGAGAGUCCUCUGUUUCCCAUCACCGUGUUGUCCCGCCUGGUGUUCAUCCCGCUGCUCAUGAUGUGUAACCUCGAGAACUCUAAGCUCACCGUCCUCUUCAGCCACGACUGCGCCUUCGUCACCAUCAUGGCGCUCUUCUCCUUCAGCAACGGAUACCUGGCUACGCUCUGCAUGGCCUACGCCCCACAGUUGGUGCGCCAUAAAGACUGCGAGACGGCCUGCUCUCUGAUGACCUUCUUCCUCGUUCUGGGUUUGGCACUGGGAGCGUCUUUCUCCUUCCUACUGGCAAAACUGGUUUAACCACCUGAGGGUUCGACAAGAAGAAAAAAAUCCAAAGCAGUCUUCCGUACGUAGAGAAUAAAAUAAGAAUAAUAUAUAUAAUAACUUAAAUAAAAGUGAGUUAUUAAAAGUUAAUAAUCUCUAUUAAUUCAAUACAAAUAUUUGAAUGUGAACUUGGUAAACCACAAAAGGAAUUAAAUCAUCUCAUUUUGACUUGUUAACUGUCGUAUUAAGUACAUAACGUUGUGGAAGACAAUUUCAAUGCUGAAGGACAGAUGAAGAUCAAGGACAUACAUAGGAUUUGUUGUUAAAAUGUUGCUAAAAAUAGGAAGAAAAGUGGAAACGAAGCUCAUAUUUCUUUCUAACGUCUCAUUGAACCAUGUCAAAGUGCAGCUAAUUUGUAAAGUGUGUAACCUUUUAUUGCAUGAUGAAACAGAAAUAGUUUGCCAUGAAUUUAUUGAUGGAUUUUAAACAUUUGAAACGCCGCAUUUAGGUGCUUUUCAAUAACAACGUGGUGUUUUUCUAACUCGUUUAAUUUUUUAUACCAAACAUGUUUUUGCACUGGCCACCUUUAACUGAACUUCUGCUUUUGUUUGUGUGUCGUUUGUUUUUGGUAUUAUCUUCUGUAAAGGGUUUUCUCAACUCGGUUUAAUGUAUUUCACGCCACACUGCAGGACUUUGCGUUUUUUCUACAGAUGAAGAUGUUGUUUUUUUUGCUUAUUUAUGUUUUUCUACUCUGGUAUGGUUGUCUUUAAUAGUUUUUAAAGGGAUCAUCUGUUUGUUUUCAUAAUAAAAUGUACAAAAUGUU